AUGGCAGUAGAGAGAAUGUUCCUGGCAAUCACUCGUCCCGAUGGUGCGUGCAAAAUUACGGAUAACGUGAAGCACAAAACGGUGCACCAUAUCCACACGACACCAAGUCAGCCCGUCGCCGUCAAACCGCGACGCCUUUCCCGAGAUCGACUCAACGCCGCCAAGAAGGAGUUCGAGUCCAUGCUGCGACUGGGCAUCUGCCGUCCUUCUGAGAGUAGCUGGGCUUCUCCUUACCACAUGGUGCACAAGAAAGACGUAGUUCUGAGUAGUUCUGCUAGGACCAAGGCCCCACUCAACGACCUCCUCAAGAACAACAUCAAGGGGAAGAAGCUAAUUGCUUGGAACGACACCGCCGAUGCUGCAGAAAUGGUGUACGGAGAACCACUUCGACUUCCUGGCGAGUUCCUAGCAUCAACCUCCACCAGGGACAUAGACGACUCUGCCAACUUCAUACGUGAGCUACGCCAGCACUUCCAGGCGAUCAGGCCGGUCAGCGGCACCAGGCACGGCAAGCGAAAGCUCUUUGUCUUCAAAGACCUCGCUACCGCCAGCCACGUCUUCGUCAAGCACGACGCUUCAGGAGGACCGCUUCAGCUGCCCUACGAAGUUGUUUCCCGAGCCGAGAAACACUUCACUCUUGCAAUGCGAGGCAGAAACGUUCCAGUGUCCAUCGACCGUCUCAAACCAGCCUACAUCAUCCCCGAGGACAUCGCUGCACCCGAAGAUAAUCUGGAUGGUGACGACACCUUUAUUCCUACUACUCCAGGAGAUGAUCAAGCUCCGUUACAACAGGAACCAUCAUCACCACCUGCCUGCAGGACGCGCUCAGGUCGUCGUGUUCGAUUCACCAAACGCUACCAGGCAGGCUUCAGUUGA